ACUGUCCCUUACCCUCCCUUAGGGAUGGAGAGGAAAGAAGAGGCAAGGUUCCAGCUCUGUCCUCUCUCUGGGACUCAGGGGCUGGGAAAAUGACCACUGUCACGUUCCUCCAAUCCUCUGAAAAUCCUGGGAUCCACGGUAUUGAGAGAAGCUUUGUAGGAGCCGGCUGGUGAAUCUCCACUCCAGAUUUUCCAGCUGUCCCUGUCCCCCCACCGCUCAGAGAGCAGGAUGCUGAGAUGGUUCGGUGAUGCAGAAGUGUCCGAACUCGCGUGGCUGUGACUCAUUGAGCCAUCUGAAUUCCCACCGCUUUGACUCCCUGGAACUGCAGUUGUACUGAAGUUGGAGGUUGCCCAGCCCAACAGAGAACGAAGCUGACAAGGACCUACAUUGAGCUGCGGUUGAUCCCAAAGCUGUGAAAUGGAAAACGAAUAUAAGGAGAUUCUGCUAGUCAAGGGCCUGGAAAACCUCAAUGAUGAAGAACUAAAGAAGUUUAAGUUCUUCAUUCCAGAGAAGCUCAAGAUUGCCAAGAGCCGACUGCAACCUGCAAACAGAACAGAUGUAGCGCAGUUGAUGGUUGAAAGACUCGGUCCAGUGGCAGCACUGAGGGAGGCCAUUAAACUUUUUAAGAAGUUAAAUCAAAAUGAAAUAGUGAAACAUAUCGAAGAAGAGAAAAAGAAAGUUGAUACUAAAUACAAGAAAGUGAAAAAUGAAACAAAGGCAGUUAAAAAGAAAGGUCACAAUACAGAGAUUCCUGGUGUUUCUACAGCCAGCAGAAGUGAUACCAUCAAGCAACCAGCUACAUCCAAAGCACCUUCUCAGAGCAAGAAAAUGAAAAAGAAGGAUCCCAGAUUACUCGACUCAAAUAGCAGCACAGCGGUGAUAGGAAAACAGAAGACAACACCUGAUGAAAGGAGUAAGCGUAAACAGAAAUCCUCCACGGUGACAAAAAUGGGAAAAAAUCUACAGCUGAAAUCUGGCACUAAGGUUACUAAGGCAAAAAAAAAAAAGUGAAGUAAAAGCAACAAAAUGAAGUUAUCUCAUCUAAGCACCUCUUAAUUAAACAUCCUGUGAUACAGCCAGUUCAAUGAGAUCCUUCAUUACAUGAGAGUAACAGUUCAUGGACUUCCUUGCCUCUACCGGAUUAGUCAGAAGUGGAUAAUUGCCUGUUAAAUAACUGAAAAAUAUUAAAAAUAUUUUAUAAAUAUUAAAAAUAAAAGUAAAUUUAUUAAUGUCUUGGUUUGAUUUGGGAUAAGGGUGGAUUUUUUUUCUCUGCGCUGGUAUCAAGCGAUGUAGUUGUUUGGGAAAUAUCUGUUGAAUGAAUAAAACUACUAUUGGGAAAUUGCA